GAGGCAGACUUGUUUGAGAAAGGAGAUCAGCCAGACGCAGUUAAAGAAAAGAAGGAAAUUUCAUAUAUCCAGACUGUUCCCCACCUCACCGUCACCCUACAAACUGUCUUAGUCGCUGAGAGUGUGUCCUUUGUACUGUCCUCAAGAUCUCCUGCUCAGCUGUGAUCCACCUGGGUGUUGCUGCUUACCUGAGUCGAAGGAGCAUCUCUGCUCGCACGUUCGUGUUUUCUCUCUGACUGCUGAACCUCUGGCCUUAGAUUUUUUUUUGGGUACCAGCAGCAGGGAAUUGGGGGCACCACCAUGGACACGAUCAUGGACCACUUCGCCACAGAAAAGCUGUUCCCAACCAACAGCUUUCUGGAUCUGGAAGACCUAACUGAAGCAGAUUUCCUGGGCAAUGUGCAUUUUAAUGAAAACCUGGAGGACUUCUCCAAUGAACUCUUCAACAGUUUCUUUGAUGAACCAGUUUGGGUUGGCAAGAGCCCCGUGUUGGAUAUGGACUUGGAUCCAUCCACUCCUGAUAUUCAAGCUGAACAUAGUUACUCCUUGUGUGGGGAUUCUGCCCCACAGAGCCCCCUCACACCUGACCAAAUGGAUGAAAAAGAGACAGAACCAGAAACUGGUCUGUGGACAUUGGGUGCAGAGCUGACUUCCAUUAUGGUAAAACAAGAGCAGAACCCAGUUCCAGAACAACCUGCUCCCCAUGCAGGUACAGCAACUGCACCUCCACCUGCAGUAUUUAACUUCCAGCUGCCUACAAGAAUAGCACCUGUGGAAGAAAAGCCUCCUGUGGAAGUUAACCCCAUUCCUCCAAUCAAAUCAGAGCCUGAAGACAUAACACAGUUCCUAAAUGUUCCAGCAGUAGAUGAUGCAGUACAACUGCCUCCAACACCACCUAGUAGUCAUGGCAGUGACAGCGAUGGGUCACAGAGUCCACGAUCCUUGCCUCCUUCCAGCCCAGUACGACCUCAGGCUCGCUCAUCCACAGCCAUCUCAUCGUCACCUCUCCUGACAGCAGCACAUAAACUUCAAGGAACUUCUGGGCCUCUAAUAUUAACAGAAGAAGAAAAGCGUACCUUGAUUGCUGAGGGUUACCCAAUCCCCACCAAACUGCCCUUAACCAAGGCUGAGGAGAAGGCCUUAAAGCGAGUGAGAAGGAAAAUUAAAAAUAAAAUUUCAGCUCAGGAGAGUCGGAGAAAGAAGAAGGAGUACGUGGACUGUCUGGAGAAAAAAGUGGAAUCUUACACAUCAGAGAACAACGAGUUGUGGAAGAAGUUAGAGACACUGGAAAAUGCUAACAGAACUCUCCUGCAGCAGCUACAGAAACUACAAGCCUUAGUAGCUGGAAAAGUACCCCGCUCCUGUAAAAUGGCUUCCACACAAACAGGAACCUGUUUAAUGGUGGUAGUGCUGUGUUUCGUUUUGGUACUGGGCUCUUUUGUGCCAUGUCUACCAGAGUUUUCUUCGUUGUCACAAACAGUGAAAACUGCACCACUUUCUACUCCAGAAAUCUACACAACAAGCCAUAUCCGCUCUAGAAGCCUUAUGUUCUAUGACGAAGGUGCUGGUUCUGUGGAAGAAGGAUAUGGAAGCUUCCUUCAAGUGGAUAAUCCUGAUGCCUGGGAGAUGCCCAAAGAUUUUCCAGAAGAGCACAAGAAAGGUGACUUGUUACGAGGCCAACAAACCAGGUCACAUGAGACAACGAAGUACUUAAGUGAGUCCAGGCGAAAAGAAAUGGAUUAUAAUGGAACGGACUAUGAAUUUCUCCCCCACAGAGAACGAUAUAAUGACAGGGAAGUAAAUCCAGACAAGACCACAGAGUAUUUGUAACGCUUCUGACAAGAGCUGCUCACCAUGGACAGUGUAAGAGAUGCAUCUUGCCUGAUCGGAGAGACGCUCUGUGUCACAAAUGCUAAAAAUGCCAGGCCCCACCCCUUUUGGGGUCUGACCCUGGUGCUACUGUCCGUCCCCACUGAAAACGUUAAUAAAGGGAUGAAAAAAGAAGAGAAGCUGGCCUGGCUCCCUCCCACCUUGGAGAAACUCUGCUGCUAGGAAGGGACAGACAAGUUGGCAAACCAGGGUGGGAGAGGGGGCCAAAGUUUGGACAAGCUUUAAAAGGAACCAAGAACAUUCUCUUUUUUCCUCUCUUUUGCAGUUUUUUAGUCAUUGUAGGCACUUGGCACAGAUACGUAAAAACAAUUCUGACCACUUUUUUUAGUACUGUUUAAGUUUCUGUUCACGGUAGCUCAUUCUGGAUUUACAAAUGUGAAAAGAUGCAUCACAUUUUAUCACAUGUAUGUGGUAACUAUCAGUAUUUAUGGCCUUUAACCUACCUUGUAGUACAUCUUUUGAUACUCUUCCUACGUUUGUCAUAUUGAUUAUACUCAAAACACUUCAGUUUUAUUGUUUACAAGUCAAGACGCAAUUGUUUGUUGAUCAUAUAUGCCAUAACUUAAUGUGACAGACACACGCACACCAAAGCUAUACUGUGUUCCCUCUGUGCUCUCAUCUGUUUCAGUUAGGACUGACCAUCUCAUGGUAUACCACCUUCUUACUGUUGUAUGCCACGACCACUUUGCAUCAUUUCACUGAUUACAAUGAUGACAUUUCCACAGUUGUACGUUUAAGUGCUGUGACACAGCAUGACCGUUAUACUACUGACGCUUAUGGGUCAGGAGCACUGACAGUAAGCAUCAUGGUAUGCUGUGUAUAACACGUUAAACAAUUAUGUUGAUUUCCACGCUGAAUAGACACCCGCAUAUCAUGCUGUGCAAAGAAUACAAUCACACCAUUUUUUUUUACACUGUACACCUUCAUAUAUUGCCUCUCAAUGCCAUACAACACUGUUGCGGUAAUCUGUCAAAAGAAUUUAAAAAAAAUGUAUUGUGGUAACAAUUUAACUAAAAAAGCAUUGCUGUGUAGUUUGAUAUCAUGCCACAGCAUCUUUGUUGUAUCAAAGACCACAGUCAUUUCAUCCUUAUGACGCAUUGUGAAUGUCAUACUUUGUAUGUAUAUUGUCACUUCACCACUUUAUGGUUCUAAGGUGUUCGAGGCAAUCACGCAUGCUCUGUCAGCUUGAAAUUUCAGACAAAACCUACAGAAGUGGGACAUGCGGUUCCUAGAACAUAUAUUAUAACAAUUCUACAACAAAGUUGCUAGAUUUACUUGCAAAAAUCCUUACCAGACCCACCACUGUUUAACACUAAAACACUUAAAUGGCUCAAACUUCCUCACCACCUAUGUUAUUUCCAGUUCAUCUUAACCAAAAAAAAUCUAUAAAACAUUUAUCUGCCUAGAAAUUAUCACCAUAAUCCAAUUUUAUAUAUUAAACCAUCCCUUGCUCAAAUUAUAAAUAACCGUUUACCAUCUACAAACCACAAUGGGUUAAUUAGGGUUUCUUCUCUAUUCCAAUAAUGAAGCUAGAACUUGGAAUAAAAUUCCUACAUCGGUCAGGUCCAUCUUACACCAUCAUCUUUUCAAACUAUUACUAAAAGACUUUAUCUCUGCCUCCUGGCUUUAUCCCUGCUCUUCAUUUGGGACACAGCUUAUCCUAACCACAUUUCUUAUCUUCUUGCACCUCCAUUUAAAACACUAAAUCACUUAACCUACGUAUUCCUUUCUAAUAUUUCAUUUUAUUGUAGUACUUAAACUAUUACACCUACUUCUACUUAAUACAACCAAAUUAUUAAACCUUCGCUGAAGUAGGGUGCCUGUGUAGAGUCAGACUUUCCUGGUAAACAUUAUAACACAAUGAAGUUGCAGUAUAUUAUGACACCUCAUCUUUUCAGUAACUCUGUAAAGCAUGAUGCACAUAGUUCUAAUUAAAGCAUACCAUGACAUCUGUAGUACUUAAUAUCACACUACUUAGUAUGCACUUGUGCAUUAUAGCGCUCAAUGUUUGCCAUCAUUACACUGCUUUUUGUUCAUGAGAUUACACAUACAAUGCUCCAUCAUUAUAUUUCUAUUCUAUGAUAGUGCAACUCUUAAAGGGCACCAUCUUUAACACUGCUGUUCUGUCAUGACAUUACUCAACACCAUUAUUACAGUGCUGUUGUACAUCAUAAUAAAUGUACUCUUACAGUAUGCCAUCAUCAUGGAGCUGCAAUGUAUCAUGAUAGUACUGUUAAAUCACACCAUUUUCACUUUGGUGCUGUAUAUUGUGGAGAGAUUAUUACAUAUGACACUGGAAUCAUGCUGUUUAUUGCCAUUCCAUAUUAUGUUACUUUGUAGCAUUGUAGCUAUGCCACAUUAUGUAACACUAGGACAGCAGCUCACUGCAAAAUGUCAUGUUGUAAAAUAGCUACCUGUACUACACCUUUCUAUAUCAUGUUUACCUUUGUAACACUGUUAGUUGGGGCACACUUUCACAUUACUCAGCAGAUAAAACAUACGCUCCCUUCUAACAGCUCACAUGAAGUUUUGCAGUGAACAAAUUGGAUAAUGCUGCACAGUUGUUUAUCAUGGACCACAGUCAUUGUUUCAUGCCAAAGCAUAAUACUGUACUGCUCUCUAUCAUGGCACCCUUCUACCAUCACACUGGUUUCACAUCAUCACUACCCUGUCAGCUACUGUACUGCUCUCUAUCAUGGCACCCUUCUACCAUCACACUGGUUUCACAUCAUCACUACCCUGUCAGCUUCUGUGCUGUCACACCAUUCUGUACCAUACAGUUAUACUCUGUGGCAUACUGUUAGUACUGUACUUUUCAACACUGCAUAACUCUGCUGCCAAAAAGAUAUAAAUUGUGGCAUGCCAUCAUUAAUUACCUUGGGCAGCAUGCCACACAUUCACCUCCCCAUCUUCUCUGUAAAUUAUAGCCUGCCAUGGCCACAUUGUUACUGUGCAUCAAUGGGUAACAUCAUUACCAUCCAAAGACAUUACUGCCUAGCACCAGCACCAUUGUAUUACAUAACAUGGUCAUAUUGGUACCAGGCAGCUAUAUAUGCCAUGGAUUACUGCCACCACCAUUCUAUUACAUACCAUGGUCAUGUUGGUGCCAGGUAGCUAUAUACCAUGGAUUAACAUCACCACCAUUCUGUAAUGUGGUAUCUUGACAUACAAUUACCACUCUUCUGUUUAUGCCAUGGUUUAACAUCACCACGAUUCUGGAACAUGGCAUACUAUUACCACUGCUCUAUUUAUGCCAUAGCAUGCUAUCACCACUGUCAGUGUCAGAUAGCUUAUAUUAUGGUCUACCAUUUAUGGCCUAACAGCAUGGCACAUCACUGCAUUGUUGUGUAUCGCAUCAUCCCAUUAUUAACAUACCAUCACCACCAUUCUGUUAUAUAUCAUUACUGUACUAUCAGAUGACAUGCUGUUACUACCAUAUUUCAUGGCCCAGCCAUCACUUACUGUUGUAGAAUAUGGAAUACAAUCACCAACAUAAUGUUGCUCUGUUAGAAAUGCUACAUCUAAAGAAAUCCCAGUCCCUCCGCACUACACACUCCAGAGACCUUAACCUCAUUACCACAAUCAACAGAACAUGCUGGAGGAACAGAUUCAUAACU